AAUGCGUAAACCGGACCCGCUUUGAAUAAAAAAGAAAACUUUACGGAAUUAAAUUAAUCUGGACAUGGAUUUUUGAAAACGGGAGAAAGCGAAUGACAGUUCCCGGAGACCGCAGCAGGAGUGGCUUUUAAAGGCUGUUUAUUGCUCGGUGGUGCGCUCCGUCCACGCGCGUCAACUGCGUUUCUAUCACUGGAUUCGACGUGUUCCCAUACAAACAACGUGCAUCACUUGACAGGAAUGAAAGGAGACAGCGAUCAUGCCUUUAAAGCGACUUGGGUCCUCCAACUUUUCUGCAUCUCUCUCCUGACUUCCUUUGGGAAAGGAGAAGAUGGGUCCUGCCAUGGAGCCUUUGAUUUGUAUUUUGUGUUGGAUCGGUCAGGCAGUGUUUCUGACAACUGGAUGGAGAUCUAUGGAUUUGUGGAACAACUUACUAAUCGUUUUGUAAGCCCGAAAAUGAGAGUGUCCUUCAUAGUCUUUUCCUCUAGUGCAGAAGUAGUCUUGCCUCUCACUGGAGACAGGGCAGCUAUUGAUAGUGGUCUGCAGAGUUUGAGCAAGAUCAGACCUGCUGGUGAUACCUACAUGCAUGAGGGGUUAAGAAAGGUAUUAAAAAAAAUGACUACCCAGGGCGCAAGAGCAUCCAGCAUCAUUAUUGCACUGACUGAUGGGAAGCUGGAGGUUUAUCUACAUGACCUUGCUGUGAAAGAGGCUGAUCAGGCUAGGCAGUACGGUGCACGAGUAUAUUGUGUUGGUGUGAAGGACUUUGAUGCAAACCAGCUUAUAGAUAUUGCAGACAGCAAAGAUCAAGUGUUUCCUGUUGUGGAUGGAUUCCAGGCCCUCAAAACCAUUGUAAAUUCGAUUUUAAAGAAGUCCUGUGUAGAGAUUUUUAACCUUGAGCCCUCCAGCAUUUGCGUCAAUGAAACAUUCAACAUUGUUUUGCGAGGAAGGGGAUUCACGCAGGGAAGAACCUCAGAUGGUGUGGUCUGCACAUUAUCUGUCAAUCAACAGGAUCCUUACAAUGAGAAGCCGAGUGCAGUGAAGGAUAAUUACGUGCUGUGUCCAGCUCCAGUGCUGACCGAGGUUGGACACUCCCUCGAUGUGCUCAUUAGUCUGAAUAAUGGCCAGUCUUUCAUUUCAAGUCCAAUCACAAUAUAUGCCACCACAUGUUCUGAUGGGAUAGUGAUAGUGAUUGUCAUCCUGAUGCUGCUGGUGUUAUUGGGUCUAAUUGUGCUCUGGUGGUUCUGGCCUCUCUGCUGCACUGUGGUAAUCAGGGAUCCACCUCCAUCUCGCCCUCCGCCUCCAUGCCCAAUACCUGAACCUGAGGAGGACCCUCUGCCGAAGAAGAAAUGGCCUACAGUGGAUGCGUCUUAUUACGGUGCCAGAGGGCCUGGUGGCAUCACCCCGAUGGAGGUUCGCUGGGGUGAGAAGGGCUCUACAGAGGAAGGGGCGCGGUUAGCGAAAGCUAAAAAUGCUGUGGUCACAAUGCCAGAGGAGGAGUUUGAAGAGCCGGUAAAAAGACCCCCACCCAGACCACCACCAACAUAUCAGGCCCCAGUCCCAGACAAAUGGUACACGCCCAUUAAAGGGCGUUUUGAUGCUGUGUUAGCAUUGCUGCGUAGACAAUACGACAGAGUUGCUAUCAUGAGACCCACAGCAAAUGACAAGAUUCAUUCAGGGGCGCUGCAUCAAAUUCACCCGGGUUCAGAGUCAUUAACCAAACACAAAGUGUCCUUUACUUUAAAGUACGUUCAGACAAGGAUUGGGGAAUCCACAGCUGUAUGAACUGUACUUCUGAAUUAAAACCUUUGAGUUUUAAAUCUUAAUGUAUAAAUCUAUCCUGCUGAUUUUUUUCUGCAUGUCUUUGAAUAUGGUUUUUUAACUUUAACAAUUAAUUUUUUUUGAAGGUUUUCUAGUUACAAAUCAAUACAGUGCCUUCUUGUGAGUGUAUUAUGAAUGGGUUUGUCAAGGAAAGAAAAUGUAAAUUAUCAUAAUUUCAUCAUUAUUAGUAAAGGU